UUCCUGAGCUGGGGCGUUGAGAACGGUUGACAGGUGAGAGCAACCAGGAAGUAAACAACCAUGCCGUUUGACCCAGCGCGGUUACAGUCAGGCACAAAACAUUUGCAUUGAACAGUUACAAGUUUCCCCGACUAUUUGGGGCUUGGGAUAAGUCGCAAGGAUGUCAGCACAACAGGCCGGGUUAAGGCGAAUUCACCCGGGGGUUAUUGCAUCGGUGAUCUUCGUCUCUGUGGCGGCAAUAGUCGCUGCUCUAUUGAUCAUCCGAAAAUACUGCUUGCCAGUCAAUGAGGCGAGAUACAGAUACUCCCAGCUGAGGCAAAUGGAGGAUCAGGGUUCAGCAGUGACAGAGGGCGAAGGUGACAUGGAGCCCGGCACAGUGGGAGAGGAGUCAGACGAGGAUCUUCUGGACUAGGUCUCAGAUGGGGAUGCUGCUGAACCUGGCUGUUAAGGAGUUUAUUGUGGAAGAAUUGGGUUUUGUUGGGCUGCAGCUAAGGAGUAUUUUCAUUAUAGAUGAAUCCUUUGGUCCACACAACUUCAGAAAACAGGAAAUGCUAUUUUAGUUUUGGACCCCUCCAGGCGGAUGAAAGCUCGGACUCAGCUACUGUUCAAGGAUCAGCGGUGCAGAUGCUUACUGACACGAGGGCUUGGCCUCGGGGAUUAUCAUGCCUUUCACCAUUUGAACAGCAUAGUAAAAGGAAUCAUCAGGUGCCAAAGUGCUGCUGUAUCUACAAUACUUCUUGUUGACAGGAACUACUUGAAGUGCAUUUCAAAGGUCUCAGCAUUUACUUUUGGGAACGGAAAGUUCUCUGAUUUAUUGGAGACAUGAGAUAUCGAGCUGUUUUUAAGAUUGUUGCUGUAAUCAUUGUCGUCCUAAUAACCUGGGGGAUUGCCAACAAUUCAUUUGAUCAACUGGAGACUACAAGAAAAAUUCUUAGCUUUAUUGACGUAGAUCAAAGAAAACCAAACUCCAGAACAGUUGCUAAAGCACCUGAGCCAAAGUGCAGCCUCUCUAGAGUCUGUCCGCCUCACCAUUUUGCUUUACACAUCACCAGCGGAGCAGCUAAUGUCGUCGGACCAAAGAUCUGUUUUGAUGGUAAAAUCAUUAUGAGUCAUGUGUUUAAUAAUGUGGGACCAGGACUGAACGUCGUGGUGGUAAAUGGUACAAAUGGAGUUGUGGACAAAUUUGGCUACCUUAAUAUGAAACUAGGGAUUAAAAAAGACAUCCUGGCGUACCUGACGAACAUACAACCUGGAAUGAUUGUUUUGGUGGCCUCGUUUGAUGAUAUGACAACAAUACUGACAAACGAAAUGAGGGAGGUGUUUGUCGGAAUGGGAAGCAGUUUGAUCAAGUCUGUGAAACAUAGAGAUAAUUGGGUGUUUGCUGGAAUAGCAGGGACAGAAAACAGAAGCCUCUUUGAGAAGCAUGCUGUUAAUGAUCAGAAAACCAACAUUUAUGAAGGAUGGCCGGACGUGGUGGAGCUGAGCGGCUGUUUCCCAAGGACUCUGACUGAUGGACAGACAACUUAAAGGACUUUAUGAUGAAAUGGAGAAUAUGACUUAUUUAAGACUUCCCUGUAAAAAAAAAGAUGCCACUCCAAAAAGUGUUAUACUCAUAUACAGUAGCUCAGAAGGGACAAACCAAACAUGUUUUCCCAGAGGGAUGUUAGCGGAGGGGUGUUCAGUGGGUUACAAUCUGCAACCACACCGCUAGAUAUGCAACUCAUUCCUACACACCUUUUUAAUACUAUAUGUUUCUAAUUUAUUUAUGGUAUUGUAUUUCUCUACAUUGUGGUUUUACUACUGGCUUUACUUUCCCUGGAGUGUUUUUCUCAAAUUGUAAAGACGCCUGAGGUGAUUCUGGGCUAUAUUAAUAACAUUGACUGGACUUCACUAGUGCUGUUAAUACUAAUAGAAAAUGCAAA